AUGGCCACCAUCAGAGGUCCACCCUUCCGGCCGGUCCGGGGGACGAAGCUAAACACGAUACCCGAAGACUUGCGCGAGUUUCAAGAUUCGGAUCAGCAUGAUGCCAACCAAGCCGACCAGAGAGGCCGGGCAGUUCAGAAGGACGAGGCGGGCCAGACAGGAUUCAACCCAAUCGCAACGUUAGGUCCCCGGUUGAAGCUCAAGACGACCAAUCUACCCCCCUCCUCGAGCAUGAACCGCUUUCUCUCACCCAUGUCGGCUGGGUCCAUUUCCUCGUGCUCGGAUACGGAAUGGCAGCGCCAAAUGGAACCAUUUGACGAGCUCUACGAUGCCACCGACGAUGAGUCCGACCUCAGCGACGAUUGUACGUCCAUCUCCACCAGCACGCGGCCCACGAGCCUGGCGACCCCGACGACCAGACAUUCGUUGACGUCCCCCGUCAAUCGCAACCGUUAUCCCCGCCUGAAGAUCCCUUCGCCCGAGACGUGGCCAUCGCUCCACGGAGGACCCAAGAGUUCACCCGUUCCGCCAACUCCGCCUCCAAAGAUCCCGGUGUCGCCAGCGGCGCUGUCGCUGCUGUCACGCUCGGUACCGGCAGCUCAUGCUCCACCGUCUUUGGACGGCGGCAGUGUGUCGUCGGACCAAGUAUCCAACAUCAGUGCUCCCGCAACCCCGGAUCUGCAAUCUCUCCCCGACGCGGAUUGGGAAGCCCAAGAUGUCCACAUCCGAUCCCGGAUCGAGGACGAUCGGACACCAGACGUGUCGGAUCGCGAGCCGGAAUCGGACGUGCAAGAUAUUGAGAUCGCCCUGGAGAGUCCUGAUGAUGACUGGCAGCGAGUGCUCGGAAAUUUUCCUUCCAUCCCGGGCCGUUCGACCGCUCCACCGGCGCAUAUCGAAGCGGGCCCCUCGCGUGAACAUACACCAUCCGACAACGGUGUUUUCUUACCGGAAGGUGCCAUGGCUACGUUGAGGCACAUCCCGCUCGAUAGGACGCCAGAUCCCUGGUCGGAGGGCUCGGAUGCGGACGAGGAGAUGUGGGAGGUCCACGGGAUUCCAGAACGCCCCCGAAGUGCCGGCGAUGCGACCCCAGCAUCCGCCAUAUCGGGACACAGCUUUAGCAGCCUGAGCAUUCCGUCUCCGGGCGGAUUCUUUGCCUCGCUGGGGCCACGAGCUCGUCAUACCUGGUCAAUACCCAAGGGCGCAAUGCCACCCUCAUCUGCCGUUGCUGAGCGAUUCUACAACUUGCCAUUCGGGCGGGACGAGGGGCAAAUCGUGGAACAGGUCAUCGAGUGCUGUGAUAUUCCCACAGACGACCAACCGACAGCGGUAUAUGCUCCCCCUACGGCGAUAAGGCUGCCUCCCAAUGCUGAAGGCCACGCGUUUGGGAAUCAACGAAGCCCCAUCAGUCCUGGUCCUGAAGGCAUCUCCGAGAUUUCAAGGCCCGUAUCCACCAACAAUCUGGACGAGCAGGACGAGACCUACGAGGAAGAAUUGCAGAAGAGAGCAAUGGCGAGUCUGGACAGGACUAGCGUUUGGCUAGCUGCACAACAAUCCUACCUCUCCGCCCUCCGAGAAAGCAACCCAGUGAACCUACCCGAUAUUGCGAGCGAGUCCGAGGCAGACGAAUCCAAUGACGACGCUCAUCAAGAACGCCCGGAGACCAACGGCAAAAGAGCUGUCCGGUUCGCCGAAGACGUGCCCGACGCACCAAGUUCCGGCCCUUCGGCCUCGGCCAGCAAGGAUUCUAUCUACUGGCGGGGUUUCCAAUCGGUCCGUCAGCUCUCCAGCAAGAAUGACACCUUCCUGCAUCGUCACAUGCGCUUUGACGCCGUUCAAUCCAUUCGGCUUGGCUUGCCUAACCUGCACGUCAGAUGCCUGCAAGGGUACUACGAGCUGAACGACCCAGGCCGCCCUCCGUACAAGGGACCUUUCUCGAAGGCCCCGCGUAACUCGGUGAUUGCCUCAGAGCUCGCAGAAAAGGCGCAGUUUUCCAUGAUCGAGAAGGAGCAGUCCGUGCUAGCUCAACUCAGCCAAUCCAUGUGGGCCAUGGAUGCCCUCAAGUACAUCAAUGGUGGACAUCUUCUCACCAGCCCCGCAGCGAAGCGGUUGUCCAGCUCGACGUCGUCAAAAGGCCGUCGACGUGCUGUGAGGGUCCUGGAUCUCGGCGGACAUGCGUCCGGCGAGUGGGCUUGGCACCUUGCACAUGACCACUCCAACGUGAAGGUAUACACGGUCUAUACUGAGCGCCAAGCGGUCAACCCUGGCAUCAAGGGGCCAGACAACCACCGCCAGGUUGCGGUCAGCCAGCUGUGGAAGCUCCCAUUCCCGGACAACAAGUUCGACGUGAUCUCAGCUCGCUCGCUCCCGGCCCUUCUUAAGGCAGAGCGUCCCGCGAACGCAGAGCAAGACGAAUACGAUCUUUGCCUCCAGGAGUGUCGUCGAUGCCUCAAGCCGGGGGGAUAUUUGGAGUACUUCGUCAUGGACGCCGAGGUAGCACAGGCGGGACCUUACGCAACCGCUACCUCCGUCGAGUUCGCCUUCAGUCUCAAGACCAGAGGAUACGACCCAACCCCGACAAAGAGCUUCCUCGGCCGUCUCCGCAAGGGUGGAUUCGAGGGUGUCAAGCGCGCCUGGACGUUCCUCCCAAUGGGCGUCGAGCCCGCCCCACCGCAAGUCCCGCGCGAGACGCCCGAGCCCCGCGUCAAGAGCCAGAUCGAGGCGUACGAAGCGGUCCACGGGCCCAUCGGCAGCACGGCAGACAUCGCCAGCGUGGCGGGUCUCUUUGGCGGGUGGAUCUGGGAGCAGUGGCUGUUGAAGUUGCAGAUGGAGAUGGGUCGCGAGCGCGAAAAGCUCCUUGAGGGAGUGGGGGCUGUGUUUGAUGAGGGUCGCAAGAAUAGCGCAGGCUGGACCUGCCUGACUGGAUGGGCGAUGAAGCCAAAACGGUAG